UUGCUUUCCUUAUCAGUUAGAGCUGUAAUGUAGUAAAUGCCAAAUACUCUACAAUAUAACAAUCCCUCUCUCUCUCUCUCUCUCACACACACAAACACCAACAGAACAGACCAGAGAAGCCAAGAUACCAGCUCAAGAUUAGGUCUCAAACAUCAAACAAGCAAAUUAACACAAUCCAGUGAAUCCACCAAAUAAGUAAGUAGUACUAGUAGAAACCUGAACCUAUUUCUUUCCUCUUAAACUGAUGCAAUGAUCAAAACAGGAACUACCUUAUUAGCCAUAGCCACCUCUUACUUGUUGCUUCUCUUUACACAAACCCCAAAAUCUACCUAUCAUUCUCUCUUCAUCUCCAACUCCCUAUCAGACAAUGCCUCCAUAGCUCACCACCUUCAAACUCUCACCCGCAGACCCCACAUAGCAGGUUCUGAAGCCAACGCUGAAGCUGCAGCUUAUGUUCACUCAGUCCUCACUUCCUGCAACAUACCAACUCACUUUGCUUCCUAUCAAGUUUCCCUCUCAUACCCUCUUUCUCGCUCCUUGGUGCUCACAAACCCGCCACCAGAACCCACCACAAACUUCCUUCUCCGCCAAGAAAUCUACAAGGGUGAUCCUUAUGCUGAUGUUGCAGAUGAAGUUGUUCCUACAUUCCACGCAUAUGCCAAGUCAGGCACUGCAACUGGCCCUGUGGUUUAUGUGAACUAUGGAAGAGUGGAGGACUAUUUGACACUGGGAAAGAUGGGGGUCAACGUUUCAGGAACUGUGGUAUUGGCAAAGUAUGGGAAAAUCUACAGAGGGGACAUUGUGAGGAAUGCAUAUGAUGCAGGUGCUGCAGGGGUGGUGAUAUAUUCAGAUAGGAAGGACUACGGUGGUGCUGGCAAGGCGCGGUGUUUCCCGGAUGAGAAGUGGUUGCCGCCGAGCGGGGUUCAGACGGGGUCGGUGUAUUUGGGGGCAGGGGACCCUACAACACCUGGUUGGGCGAGUAGUGGUGAAUGUGAGAGGCUGUCCAAGGAUGAGGUGGAGAAGGAAGGUGAUGUUCCUUUGAUACCUUCAUUGCCAGUGUCAGCUGCAGAUGGUGAAAAGAUAUUGAAGUCAAUUGGUGGCCCUGUUGCUCAGGAUGAUUGGCAAGGAAGCAAAGAUGCACCAAUUUACAGGGUUGGACCAGGACCUGGAAUUCUCAACCUCAGUUACGCGGGAGAGGAGGUUAUAUCCACAAUUCAAAAUGUUAUUGGUGUGAUUGAAGGAGAAGAAGAGCCUGAUCGAUAUGUCAUUCUAGGCAACCAUAGGGAUGCCUGGACAUUUGGAGCAGUUGAUCCCAAUAGUGGCACUGCUGCAUUACUUGAGGUUGCCCAAAGAUUGGGGAAGCUUCAGAAAAGAGGGUGGAAACCUAGAAGGACAAUUAUCUUAUGUAACUGGGAUGCUGAGGAAUAUGGUCUUGUAGGAUCAACGGAAUGGGCUGAAGAAAACAGGGAAAUUCUUGCUUCAAGGGCAGUUGCUUACUUGAACGUUGACUGCGGAGUAGGUGGACCUGGAUUUCAGGCCAGUGCCACUCCACAGCUUGAUGAAUUGAUUAAAAGAGCAACUCAACAGGUCAAAGACCCAGAUAACUCGUCACAGAGCAUUUAUGAAUCCUGGACAGGCUCAAGUAGUUCCUCUCUGUUUGGAAGGUUAGGAGGUGGAGGAUCAGAUUAUGCACCUUUUUUGCAGCAUGUGGGAAUUCCAGCAGCUGAUAUGGCCUUCGGAGGGGGUAUUGCAAGUUACCCAGUAUACCACUCACUAUAUGAUGAUUUCAUCUGGAUGAAAAAAUUCGGUGAUCCUAUGUUUCAAAGGCAUGUUGCAGCUGCAAGUGUUUGGGGUUUAGUAGCACUUUGGCUAGCAGAUGAGAAAUUCAUACCUUUUGAUUAUGUAUCCUAUGCUAAGGAACUUCAGCUUAGCGUUGAGGAACUGCAAAACGAGAUUUCAAACAAAGAAAUAAAUUUGAUUCCUAUAUUCACGUCCAUUAAGGAGCUUGAGAAAGCAGCAACCGUGAUAAAUAACCAGAGAAAGGAAUUAGAAGCAAGUAAAGGAUGGACAACAAGGAAUGAGGACCAUUUGAAAGUGAGAGAGCUGAACGAUAGACUGAUGAUGGCUGAGCGUGCAUUCACUGACAGAGACGGUCUCUUUGGAAUGUCAUGGUAUAAACAUUUGAUAUAUGGACCAUCAAAGCAUAAUGAUUAUGGCUCCCAAUCUUUCCCUGGAAUUGAUGAUGCUGUAAAAAUGGCAAAAAAUGUACAUAGUGCAGAAUCAUGGCAUCGUGUAUCACACGAAGUAUGGAGAGUCUCAAGAGUUAUCAGACAGGCCUCGUUAGUUCUUUCAGGUCAACUAACAUGAGUAGCUUGCACAUUUUCCAUUGAUGAUAACUUGCAUCUCCAUAAGGAUAAGUAUAUAUGAUGUGUGAUUCAUAGAUCUUUCAAACCUCAAAGAAGCUAUUUAGGAUUUUCUCUGCCUAGCAUCUGUGAAAUGAACUUUGCAAUUUGAAUUAUUAGUUGCAAGUUAAUUCCUCAUGCAUGGUUUUACAAGGUGUCAAUCUUCAAUAAUUAGAUUUGAGAAGCCAUGUGAAUCCCUAAUCUGAAUUGGAUACUUCUCUAUUCAUGUUUGUAAAUAGUAAUUAUAGUGCAAGUUUCUAGUUUAAUUCUUACUUUCUAGUAACUCCUUCUAUAGAACAAGGUAUCCCCUUCAAUGACUUAGCUUUGUUUUCUCAUACUAAUAAGAGUAGCAGUUACAUCUUUUA